AUGGACGGUGGUGCACCCACUUUCUCUGCUGAUUCCGCCGCCGCAGCCGCCACCAUAGCUAAGACAGAGACACAAACACCAGCAUUAGCUAACGGAACCGUUAAGCGAAGGAACGGCGGUAAUAACCGAACGGAAGAAGCAGCUAACGGCGUUAAAGUGAUGGCAGCGAAGAAGGCGUUGCAUUACUAUUCUUACUCUCGACCCUCGUUCUUGAAGUGGAGACUGCAGGAUGCUGUACACGUGGCGACACACCAUUGGAUGCCGUGUUUGUUCGCGGUGGGGUUGCUGUUCUUCAUGGCCGUGGAGUACACGCUCCGAAUGGUUCCUCCUUCUUCUCCUCCGUUUGAUUUAGGGUUCAUCGCCACGCGCUCACUCCACCACCUGCUUCAAGAUUCUCCUAAUCUCAACACCGGUUUGGCCUUCCUCAAUACGGUAUUUGUAGGAAUGCAAAUGAUUUAUAUCAUGGGGGCAUGGUUGAUUGAAGGAAGACCAAGAGCAACGAUCUCAGCACUAUUCAUGUUCACAUGUCGUGGGAUUUUGGGUUAUUCCACACAGCUUCCAUUGCCACAGGGGUUUCUGGGUUCCGGGGUGGAUUUCCCCGUUGGGAACGUAUCGUUCUUCUUGUUCUUCUCUGGCCACGUGGCGGGAUCAGUGAUCGCGUCACUGGACAUGAGGAGAAUGAAGAGGCAGGAGCUGGCGUGGUUGUUCGACGUGCUGAAUUUGUUGCAAGCAGUGAGGUUGUUAGGGACAAGGGGCCAUUACACCAUUGAUUUGGCAGUUGGUGUUGGUGCUGGGAUUCUCUUUGAUUCUCUUGCAGGCAAGUACGAGGAGUUUAGCCACACCAAGUUAUUAAGCCGAAAUUUGUGUGAAAAAGUGCAAUGUUGUUGAUUUCUUUAUUUAAUUUUGGCUGAAAGUAUUGGUGUGAUUUUUUACAUUUUCGAGAUCUGUAAUAUUAAAGAGACAAAAAAUAUUUGUUUUUUUGUAAAGGUCUUUGAUUUAGUUUUUAUCGUUAA